AUGGUUAAUGCACUUACAUUCACACUUGUAUUCUUGCAUGUCGGAGGUGAAUACUUGACACUUGGCACAAUUUUCGCUGAUGAGUACCCUUGUGACUUCGAAGGAUCGACUCCGCUCAAACGUGUGGAAGUGAUUUUACAUGAUCACAACGACAUACGAAGCAAAGUAGCGAAAGCUAAGGGGAUAAGCAAUGAAAAUCAUGUUUUGCCAGAAGGAGGAAAUAUUUACAAGCUGAGGUGGAGCUGUGAACUCGAGUCUUUGGCAUCUUUUGCAGUGGAAGACUGUUCGCCAAAUGGAGUUGGUGCUGAGGAUUACGCGAUGAACUAUGCAUUCAUCAACAGCACAGAUGAACACGAUUUAAAUGAUCCAUACCACACUGCAUUUCAAAAGUGGAUUUUUGCAGCGGUUAAGAAUUUCAGCAACAAAUUCGAGGGAAACAUGGACGUGCUACCGUUUGCCAAUAUUAUUCGAGCACGCACUACCCGUGUUGGAUGUUUCCAAAAAAUAUGCGACAAUCUUGCCGCUGUUGCAUGUGCAUAUGACUCGCCAGUAAUUACGAUAGGAGAAACCAUCUACACAAAAGGUACCGGCUGCCGCAUCGAUGCCGAAUGCACGAUUUAUCCUGAAUCACAUUGUGAAACGGAAACUGACCUUUGCGUAGCUCCCGAGAUAUCAGAUUCAGAAGCUUUCGACACUGAUAUCAUCCCAGCGAAAAUUGUCUCAAGUAUGAAAUCGUCAUCCGAAUUGGGGCAAAGAAGCAAAUUACACGAAGGCGGAGUCUUGCUGGUCCAUAAUGAUUCUGAGGCAGAAUUGUCCGGAACAACUUCCAGCUAUGAAUCUUUGGCUGGCGCAACUGUAAAGGUUGCUAUUGUAGCUCAGGAAAGCAGUACAAUUUGUCCGCAAAGCGUUGGCAUGUCAGAUACUCUGAGGAAGAGUAUCCUUGCUUUGCACAAUUCAAGGAGAUCACUGCUUGCCCGAGGUUUAGUAGCGAAAAAGAAUGGACGCUUUUUGCCAAUGGCUGGGAACAUGAUAAAAUUAAUCUACAGCUGCGCAUUGGAGACGUUCGCUUUUUCAUACGCUGCAACAUGUUCGAUGGUGGAAUCAGAGCCGGAUACUAGGGUUGGAAUAGGAGAACUGGUCGCAGUUUUGAGCGGGAGCAAUGCGACUACGUUUGAAGAAGCAGUAGACUUGGCUGCGAGAACAUGGUGGGAUACACUGCAAAGCGAGAUGAACGGUCUGGGAAAAGCAGUAAUACUCUCAUUUACACACGACGAGGCGAUAUUCCAGUUUUUCCAGAUGGCAUGGGCAGAUGUACGUGAAAUUGGAUGUGGAAUUGUUAAGUGUGACGACAUGAUAAAUUUUGUCUGCAGAUAUUACCCAGCUGGCAUCGAAUUUUAUCAGCAAGUGUAUGACCCGAGAGAACCGUGCGAAUCAUGUCCGUGGGGAACAAGAUGUGAAGUAGAAACGGGACUUUGUGAGCAACCGGAAGACAGCGCCAAAGGACUAUAUAUUUCGUCGAUUCUAUUAUUAAUCUCAACUUUGCUGUUGUAA